CGGGGCCGGAAGUGGCGGUGCCCGAGGUCACUUCCGGCGGGUGACGGUGCGGACGGGUCAGAAGCGUAGAGGCGGCGGCAAAAUGGCGGCGCCUGAGGAGCGGGAUCUCACCCAGGAGCAGACCGAGAAGCUGCUGCAGUUUCAGGACCUGACGGGCAUCGAGUCGAUGGAUCAGUGUCGCCAUACCUUGGAACAGCAUAACUGGAACAUUGAGGCUGCUGUGCAGGACCGACUGAAUGAGCAGGAGGGCGUUCCCAGCGUGUUCAACCCCCCGCCGGCCCGGCCGCUGCAGGUCAACACGGCCGACCACAGGAUCUACAGCUACGUGGUCUCCAGACCGCAGCCGCGGGGACUGCUCGGCUGGGGCUACUACUUGAUCAUGCUUCCAUUCCGGUUUACCUACUACACAAUACUUGACAUAUUUCGGUUCGCUCUGCGUUUUAUACGGCCAGACCCUCGCAGCCGGGUCACGGACCCUGUUGGGGACAUUGUUUCCUUUAUGCACUCUUUCGAAGAGAAAUACGGCCGGGCACACCCUGUCUUCUACCAGGGCACCUACAGCCAGGCUCUCAACGACGCCAAGCGGGAGCUGCGCUUCCUCCUGGUCUACCUGCAUGGGGACGACCACCAGGACUCGGACGAGUUCUGCCGAAACACGCUCUGCGCCCCUGAAGUCAUCUCCCUCAUCAACAGCAGGAUGCUCUUCUGGGCCUGCUCCACCAACAAGCCUGAGGGCUACCGGGUCUCCCAGGCCUUGCGGGAGAACACCUAUCCCUUCCUGGCCAUGAUCAUGCUGAAGGACCGGAGGAUGACCGUCGUGGGCCGGCUGGAGGGCCUCAUCCAGCCUGAUGACCUCACCAACCAGCUGACGUUCAUCAUGGACGCCAACCAGACGUACCUGGUGUCCGAGCGCCUGGAGAGGGAAGAGCGGAACCAGACCCAGGUGCUGCGGCAGCAGCAGGACGAGGCCUACCUGGCCUCGCUGCGGGCCGACCAGGAGAAGGAGCGCCGGAAGCGGGAGGAGCGGGAGCGCAAGCGGCGGAAGGAGGAGGAGCUGCAGCAGCAGAAGCUGGCGGAGGAGCGGCGGCGGCGGGACUUGCAAGAGGAGAAGGAGCGGAAGUUGGAGUGCCUGCCCCCCGAGCCUUCCCCCGACGACCCCGAAAGCGUCAAGAUCAUUUUCAAAUUACCCAACGAUUCGCGCGUGGAGAGGCGGUUCCACUUCUCACAAUCUCUCACGGUCAUUCACGACUUCUUGUUUUCCUUGAAAGAAAGCCCCGAGAAGUUUCAGAUCGAAGCCAACUUCCCCCGCCGGGUGCUGCCGUGCACCCCCUCGGAGGAGUGGCCCAACCCCCCCACGCUGCAGGAGGCGGGACUCAGCCACACAGAAGUGCUCUUUGUUCAGGACCUCACAGACGAAUGACACUGUCUGCCUUGCCCCUCCAGCCCCAGUCCCUCCAAGAAACGGAAAACACACACACACAAACACCAAAAACUAAAACAAAAAAAAAAAAGAAAGAGAAAUUCCUAUUAUUAUUAUUAUAAUACGAUAUUUUUUUUAAAAGACUGCUGCAUUCUAAGGAAGGAUCGGAAACUGUCUGCCACAGCCACCACCUGCGUGUGCAAGAGGUGAGCCCCGAGUGCGCCUGCCUGCCCUUCCCCACCGCUGAUGCACCUCGAACCUUCCAGAACCUUCCAGCACCUUUCGGCUGUUGUUCCGAAUGGGGGCAUCCCACCGGCGCGCGUUCAUUUUGGCUUUUCUGGAAACGAGAAGCGGAAGGAUUUCAGGGGUGGCAGCCCACCCCGGGACACGCCCCUCCAGCUUCCAUGGAGCCGCGCACGCGCGUGGUCGGCCGGGGAGGAGCCGAGAGCAGAGCCCGGCUGCGAACUUCCCGCGCGAUUCAUGAAGAAUUUGCCUUUUUAUUUUAUUUUAUUUUUUUUCUGGUUGCUUUGUAAAUGACCAAAGGAAUGAGGCUGACCGUAGGUGUAUUUUUUCUCCCCCUCCCUCUCUUCCCUUUUGAUAAAAGAGCCAAUUUUUCAAUCCAUGAGUUCAGGCCUGGGGUCCCCCCCACCCUUGAGUGUAAUAAAGGUGCCCGGGGGUGGGGGGGCGGUGUUGGCGGGGGUCCCCUUCGGCUUCCCAGGGAAAGUUGUUGGGUCCAGUGCUUCGCCGGCCUUUCCCACGUGGAGCCAUGGGGGGGAUGCAGGGGUGGGGUGGUGAGGGUGGAGAUCUCCCCCCCCCCAGCCCCCAGGCUGUGUCUGCCCAGGCGCCCCUGGCUUCACCGCCACCCUCGGGGUGCGCCAUGUCCCCCAACUCCUCAGCUUGGUGCCUUUCUAGAGGAUCCCCAGGGCCGGACACUCGGGGCUUCCCCGGGCGGGAUUGGGGGACAGUGUUGGGAAGAAGCAAUGCUGUGGGGAGCCCCGGCUGGCCCCCACCUUGUGAUCAUUCCCCCCACCUCUCCGUGGAGACACGCUCCGGUGUGGACCCCCCUUCUGGGGCGUGGGUUUCUGUCGCCGCUCAAGCUCAUGGCUGGCCCCGCGUGUCCUGCUCCCGUGUGACGUGUCCUGCUCCCGUGUGACGGCUGCACGUGUGCCCUCAUGGGGCGGCCCUGGGGACGUGGCCGUGGGGGGGGGCUGAGCCGCAGACAUCGGUCUGCGUGGAGGUGGGGGGUCCCGCCAACCUGAGCAGAACUCUUCCACAGUGCCAGCGCCCGCGGCAGUGACCCUAGAGGGGCGCCGUGGCCUGCAGUGGGGUCCCUGGGGUCACCUCUGGGAAGUGCCAGGAGAGCCCCAGCCAUGGGACGGGGGUCUGGUACCCUGUCUGCUGGCCGUGGCCAGAACCCCCAACCCGGUUUUGUCUCCUUCCUACCCGGCCCCAACCCCUGCCACCCCGGGACAGCUGUGCCUGUCCGCGGCCCCCAGAGGGUCCAAAGAACCACCCCCAGGAGGAAAAGCUAUUUCUCCCCACCACUGUCCCCCUGCCCCCCAUUCUGCCUGCUUCUCUCGCCCCUCUCCUGGGCUCCAGGGAAUCAGGUCUGACCACCACGUUUUCCGACGUGGCCGGAGUCAUUCCAGAACCAUCCGCAUCCUUUCCUGUCCAUGCACUUUACGCCUCUGCCUUUCCCACCCCACUGGGCCUCGGAGAGCUCAGGGGGCCGGGAGUAUUCAGCCCGCCUGUCCUCAGACACCCCCAGCCUGGGCCCGCGGCCCUGGGGUCUGUCCGCCCACUGCAGUUUUCUGAGGGCGCAUCUUGGGACCACCCCAGGGGCCCAGCCCGGAGCUCCAACUUGGCAUUUCCAAGUUCACGCGGCGGCGCCCUCCCCGGACUGAGGGGGCCCCUGCCACCACGUCACAGGGGGAGAGGCCCGAGCAGAGACACCCCCCCCCGCCCCCCCUGCAUUGGAGAUUGUUGGGUUUCUUUAGUCACCCCCCCUCCCCACCACACACCCAGUUGGGCUUCUGUCUCUUACAGCCAAUAUUCCUCUUUGCUGGCCUCUUGGUGCGUUGGUCUGAGCAAGAAAACGGCCAGAGCAGAGUAUCUGUUUCAACAAAAACAGCAAAACUAAACCAACUAAAAAGAAUCUAGAAUCUUCCACCUGAGCAGUCAUUAUGAGAAUCACUAAGUGUGCCAAGCCCGAGGGAAGAGAAGAGCUUCAGAAGAACCUGGGGCGGGGGCAAACGUGUGUGUGUUGGGGAGGGGAACAGGUCAGGCUGACCCCCCCCCAUCAGAAGGCAAAAAUCAGGGGAGUCUUCUGGUGCUGGAGCAAGGAGCCCCCUGCCCUCGCCCCAGAGCUGGUGUUGGGAGAUGACAUGCACAGGCGGCCGCUCCCCCCCACAUACUUACUGACUCCACCCCCCAUAGUUCUGUGAUCAACUUCCUGAGGAAAUCUAGUGUAUUUCAAAAAAAAAAUUUUUUUUUCAUAAAAGUUUACAUUGUAUUGUAGGUUAACAUUAAAUGUUUUAUAACAAAC